GGAAUUAAUUUAUUCUAUCCCCAACUCAUACAGUAUAUUUAUAACUUGUACUUUGGUAAUUGGUACUAAUGGCAAGCCUUUCACUAUGCUUUAUCACAUUUAUUUUUCUACUACUUGGGAAGGUCCAAGGCAGAGUUCUAAAGCUAAAUUCUUCAGAUAAUAACCAAUUAUUGAAUAUCUCAUAUGGGAUUGAUCAACUUAUUAGCAAUCAAGAAUUUAGGCCACCCUUGCUUUCUUCUUCUGGCAAAACAUGUCACCAGGUGUAUGGUGUUUUUCCAUGUGCAAACAACAUUGCAGGCUACAUUUUCUUGAUAGGAGUGUACCAAUACUUGCUGAAUACAGGGGAAGGACUAGUCUCAAGAGGAAGCAAGACUCUCUUCAAUAUUCUUGGCACUGGCAUUUUUGGUGCCACUAUUUUUCAAAUCUUGAAGACUUUGCCCAGGAUUAUCAUGGUCAUUGCAUCUGGAGUUACUGCUAGUAAAGAGAAAGCUCAGAACCAAAUCUCUUCUGGAAUUAGCACUACUGUUGGAGCCACAGUCUUCAAUCUCACUUUAAUGUGGGGAAUAUGUUUGAUAUAUGGCACUAAAAAUAUGACAGAUAAACCAAUUUUCCAACCUGCAGAAUCUUCACCUUUCAAAAGAUUGAAGGGCUUAAGUGAAACUGGCGUUACAAUUGACAAGGAAACUACUUACACUGCUGGAAUUAUGCUCCUUUCCUUGAUCCCAUUUGUACUAGUUCAGCCAGUCACUGCUUUCAACUCAUUCCUUGGAAGGCGUAUUCUAAUUUUCAUCACACUUACAGUAUCACUCAUUCUUUUGGUGUCAUACUUCCUAUACCAGUUUUUGGAUCCUUGGAUGCAAGAAAGAAGUUUAAACUACUCCAAAUAUGAGCAUUUGCUAACAGGAUUUCUGCAUCAUGUACAAAGGCAUGCAAGAGGGAAGCUCAUUAAUGAAGAAGGGCAACCUGAUAUUGAUGUCAUUAAAAGAUUAUUCCAAGAGACUGAUAGAGAUGCCAACAAAUGCCUAACACUUGCUGAACUGGAGAAUCUUAUUCUUGAAAUGCAAUCAGGGAAGGUUGACGUGGACAAGGAUUAUGCUAUUUCUAAGAUAUUGAAUUCUUUUGACCAAAACAACGACAAAAUAAUCCAGGAGGAAGAGUUUGUCGAAGGAUGCAAAAAAUGGAUCGAAGAAGCAACACAAUUAGCUCAAAGUGAUGAUUCAAAUUCUAAAAGGAUUUUACGCAAGGCUGUUGAGAAAUAUAGUAAGAGGCAAAGGGAUGAAAUUGCUGAAAUUGAGCAUAUAAUGGCAAGACUUUUGAAGCAUGUUCAAACUCAAGCAUUAGAAGCUGAACACCUUGUCAAAGAUGAUGGAACCCCCAAUAUCGAACGUAUUAAAGAGAUCUUCCAUCAGUAUGACUUUGACGGGAACAACGCCAUAACAAAACCUGAAUUAGAAGAACUAAUAGGUUCAGUGAAAUUUGGAGAAGUUGAAAUCAAUCGCGAUGACACUGUCAAGAAAGUGUUGAGGGAUUUUGAUAGAAAUGGUAAUGAUAUGAUCGAUGAAGAUGAAUUUGUCCAUGGGAUGGCAAAAUGGCUCAAUGAGGCCAUUAGUGUGACUAAAUGUCCAGACAAGAAAAAGGCCAUUGAUGAAUAUGACAAGAUUAUGUGGAGUGAAGUUGACAAAUUAGUGUAUGAGGUGGAAAAGGAUGGAGAAAUCAACUAUUUGUUGACAUGGAAAUUUAACAAAUCUGUGCUUCAAGUUUUGUUGGGGAUUGCAAUACUGACAUUAUGUGCAAAACCUCUAGUGACUAGCAUAGAAGAUUUAUCAGAUGCUAUGGGGAUUCCUUCUUUCCUUAUCCCUUUUGUUAUGGUACCUCUAGCUCUAAAUGCAAGAAUGGCAAUAGCAGCAAUAUUUCCAGCAAGUCAAAAGAGUUCAAUAACUGCAUCUUUGACAUUCUCAGAGAUAUAUGGAGGAGUGAUCAUGAACAACAUCCUGGGCAUGGCAACACUUUUGGCUGUGGUGUGUAUAAAGGAUCUAAAAUGGAAUUAUUCAGCUGAAGUGCUAAUAAUUUUGGUGGUUUGCUCUGUAAUUGGCGUUCUUGCAUUUUUCAGCACCACAUAUCCACUUUGGACUUGUAUCUUAGCAUUUUCUCUAUACCCUUUCUCUGUGGUGCUGUUUUACCUUCUUGAAUGUGUAUUUGGUUGGGUCUAAUGAUGAUAAUCAUAAUAGUACCCACACAACCCUAAGAAAACCCGUUCUCUCAACUCAAAAAGAAAAAGGAAAAAUGUAUCUUUUUUUCAUGAAGACUUGUAAAAGGUUUUGAAUAAAAAAAAAGGAAAUGAUCAUGUUAUAUCAUUUCCAUGAA